ACCGUCCCAAAAAGGCACCCUCUUAAACCACACCCGUCAGCAUCCAUGACUCUCUGUGUCCCAUUCAUCCAUCCAUCCAUCCAUCUAAACGUCUGUCUAUGUGCAGCACGUGAAGGUGAGGGCGUCGCGCUCAAAGCCCAUCUUGAAGGCCGAGCGCAUGAUGCUGAGAACGGCGUGCCGUGACUCGAAUCGCGUCCGCACACCGCGGCGAAUGUCGCCGUCGGCGAACUUGGCGGCGACUUGCGCAUGCCGCGCAGUUCGGUCAGUGAGGUCAUGCUCGCGAUGAGGGCGCCGUAGAAGACUUCCAUCGAGACACCAUCCGGCAGACCGGCUGACAACCAACGUACAAACGACGGCAUAGUUUGGUUGAGCACGGUGUAGACGUCCCUCCAUGCGCGUACCGUCUUCGUUGAAGCACAUGUCGAGUUGGUGGAUGAGUGGGAGGGAUGCGUUGUCGCUACCCCAGAGCAUCAUGUCGCGCUGCAUGUCGUCCCCGGUGAUGGCGGACGGUGCCAUGUUGAUGUUGACGGUGAAGGGUCGCAUGCUGUUCUUGUCCUUGACCAGCUGUUCCCGCAAGUUGACCAGGAAGCAGCAAGCCAGGCGCGCCGUGUCGUCGACCACACCCCCGCCGUAAGGCUCCCGCAGAUGGAUGUGCACUACCCCCUGGACACGUAACGGUGUGCAUGUCUGUUUUUUUGAAAAUGUGCGGCGGGCAACCGCCUGAAAUGAAAAAAUGCGGUGGAGGCAGCGAAGAUUGAAAUUGUGCAGUGGGAGACAGCAAGACAUUUGAAAAGAUGCAGUGGAGAGACAGGUAGAUGAAAAAGUACAUGAUGAUCAGACACUACUCUUUCAAGCUCCAGCACAUGUGUGCUCCUCAGGAUGCCCUUGAGAGCUGCCUCGACAGUGAAAAUGUGCGGUCUUGUCGAGGAAAUGGGAUGAAAAAUUGCGUCGGGCGAUCAAACGAAUGAAAAUGUUCGCUAAGACCGUCGAGAAUGAAUUUGUGCGCUGGAGAGCGGCGAUGUUGAAAAAAUGCGGUUUGAAACCGUUACGUGUCAGGGGGUCAAUGUGCACACACCUGCGAGGCACAGUACGGACACAACACAAACAAGGCGGAGCGGCACAUUGGUUGGUGAAAGAGAGGGAGGCGUGCUGAGCGGCCUGCCUGCAUGCCUCCCUCCCUCCCUCCCGGCCUGCCUGCCUGCCUGCCAUGGGCUCACAUUGGGGCUUUGCUGAUGGCCUUGACGAUCUUGUCGUUGAAGCGGAACCCGUGCGCCAGCACCACGUGUGCGUUGGUCACCUUGGGGAAGAGUGUGCUGUCCUCCAGCUCAGCGCGCUCGUCCUUCAGAGAAGACGGCGAUUGCGCCGGCGCGACCGACUGGUCCUCCUCCUCGCCGUACGUCACGACAUUCGCGAGGCGUGCGAACUCCUUGACGAGCUUCUGAACCUGAGCGUCCACAAAGAUACUUGUGAGAGCCUCUCAACCUGUACGCGCUUUGAGAGAGAGCGUACCAGAGACGAUUGCGACUUGCUCCAUUCGACUAGCUCCAGGGCGAUGGAGCGUGUCUCUGUGUGAGAUGGCAGUGCGUCGAUGAUGUGCACCUGCUGCUGCACGUCCGGGUGGGCCACUGUCUCGGUAAGGUGGGCGAGCUUCUCGAUCAGGCUCUUUCUCUCCAUGUCCAGAUGCGUCACCAUGCAGUAGUCGAUCCGCAGCUCCGUCAGCACCCGCAAGCACCCUCGUUCGACGAGCACCUGCCGCAGCUCGUCAAGCUGGUCCUCGCUGAAGCCUUGCAGCGACAGCGGGCCAACCGAGCGAAGGCAUGCCAGCGAGCGUCCCUUGGGCAGCGUCUUGAGGAGCUUCACCAUGUCGCCCACCGAAGGUGCUCCCUUGAAGGUCUCGAGCUGCUCGCACCCCUUGACCCACUUCUUCGCUCCACCCAUGUCGCGGCCGGCAUGCAAGUCGAGGUGCUUGAUGGCCGGUGUCUGCCAGUUGCGGUUGAGACGCACAGAUGGGUUGGGCAGGCCGCGGACGUCCUCGAGUGCGUCAAGCAGCACAGGGCUGCCCGUGGGCGGGAGGGGCUUGGUCGACUUGUCGCGUGCGUCGCGUUCCCGCUGGUACGACGACUGCGCUUGGGGGCCUUCCUCCGACUUCCAGGUGAGCGUCUUGAGGGUGCCCUUGCCCUGCCCGACCGCCGCAGCUCUGCCGUGUGCGUGGCUUUCGACGAUGGCCGUAUGGGUGCCGGCACACCAGUCGGAUGAGUAUGGGUAGACGACGCCCACGCUCUGCAGGUUGGUGGCCCGCUGGCCCCAGCGAUAGGCCACAUCGACGGGCAGCCGCUCCCAGAGGGUCUGCACGCCGCCCUUCUCCGUGCCGUCGAUGGUCAGGCGGGUGUAGCCCUUGGCGGCCUCCAUCACCAGCGACUUGCCGAUGCACGGCCACAUGCGCGUCAGCUCCCAGGGCGGACAGCAGCCCAUCACCGAUGCCAGCGCAUUCUGAUUGUCGCCCAAACGAACCGCAGCCUGCACGGCACACAUUCGAGUCCGUGUAUCUGUGUCUAUUCCGGUGCCUGUGUGCAUACCGGCAGCUCCGGAUCAGUGUCAUCGCCAGAUUUGUGGAUCAGGCGGUACGACGGAGCAGGCGGGCCAUCGCCACUGGCCACCUUGUCACCCGCCUGUAGACGAAACAACCCGUCAGUGAGGGAAGUCGGUUUGCUGGCCUCCCUCUGUGCAUGCGUGGUACCUGUGCCUCAUGCUUGUCUUCCUCUUGCUUUUCUUGUUGCUCUUGGCCCUGCUGGCCAGCUGGGCUUGGCUGGUCUUGCUGAAGCUGUGAGCGGCAGGCGGCCACCUCACGGUCAGAGGCCAGGUCGGCAGCAGCGGCCCUCACAGCCUGUUCAGCAAGCGACACCUGGAGCGACGAUGACGCGACGGUCAGCGACAGACUCGAAACGGCGGCGCUGGAGCGCUGCAGAUGCACCAUGUGCGAUGCAGACGGGUACUGCACACAGAUAGACAGACAGACAGACGGACAUACAAGGUGUCCGCAGCACCAGCUCACACGCAAUGCAGUGUACGUACUCGUUUCUUGCGACUCAUCUCUUCCAGCUCAGCGGCACGGUCGAUGACCUCGGUUAGCUGAUGUGUCAUUCCACGUCACGCACCCAGGUAGACGCGUCUUGUGAUGUGAUAUCCUCCGUGCCUACCUUGGUGCUCAGCGGGCGCAUGUCCCUGAGGCGCUCACGCAGAUCAAAGGUCUCAUUCUGCAGCUGCAUGCGUGUGAAUCAACACAGACGCACGCAUGCGUUGUUGCCGAAAGAUCCCGCAUGUGGCGCAUGUCCUUUUGCGUUGCUCACCUUGUCGAGCACUUCCACAUGCAACGCCUCCCGCUUCCACAUUUCAGUCAUCCGAGUACUCAUUUUUGAAGCGCACACAACGGUUUUG